CCACAAAACGAUUUCCUAACAAACGAAGCUCCAAAGCGAAAAUCUCAAAAAAAAAUAGAAACAACUACACCAUGGUAGAAGCGAACGUGUUGCGCAAUGUCGCACCACUUUUACUAAUCACUGUUGCAUUCCUAUGCUGUAGCAUAGGCAACACGUCUGCGCAAGAGAAUAUUAUGCCACAAAUUCCACCUUCACUGGAGGAAUGUUACAACACAAGUUACUUUAUGAAUCGGCAAAAUCGUCUUCCCGCCACCAUUGAUACGCUUAUCUCGUUAAUCGAAAAGGUGGAGAAUACAGCCACCUACGUCCAUGACAUUCGUACACUUUCUGUGGCGCUACUACAACGCUUCCGGCAGGAUGGCAUACAACGCGCCUACGGUGUAGCCGAAUCGCCCGGUGUUAUACCCUACAGUCCAACCGGUUUCCAGUUUCCGAAAUUCCGAAUCUUACUCUCACGUCUCAUCCCCGGCAAUGCGUUCACUUUCCCCAACAGCACACUUACACGCGAAGAACGUUGUUCGCUGCACUUUAUGCUCUCCAGCUCAAUCGAUAUGCGCGUGCGUGGUGAUGAAGGCUCAGUGUGCAGUCGUUUGUCACAAUAUCGCUCUCAGCGUUUGCGUCGUUCAGCUAAUAAUCUACAGCGUAAUAAUGAAUUGAUUGGCGACGUCGAGAUGUUGGAGAGUUGGAAUGCAAAAGCACAAAAACGUGGCCUGAAGCAGAAGGGCGCCUACAGUGACUACGAUUGGGGCUGGACAAAUACAGGCAGCUCGAAUAAUAACCAAGUCAGUCAAUGUCCCGUGGAGAACGGUGUUAUUUGGACGCCUUGGGGCACGGUUUCUGCGGGUGCGCUUUUAGCUGGCGUCGCCACGGGCUUGCAACAACAGAGUGUACAACUGCGCACAUUACUGGCACUAUCGAGCCGCAAUAAUGGUUACACAAAUUUGCCACAAACAGCCACUGUCAGUGUGGACAAUCGUUGGGCAGCCACACUUGCUGGUGAUCUAGCUGAGGUGGCGCUUGUACAAGUGCCUUUCACAACAACAGAGACCGCUUCGGUAGGUGCUAAUGGCGCUUGGAAUAGUACAGUGAUGCCGAAAUGGUAUUUCCUGAUGCAGCGUCAAAACUUCGAAAUGACCGACGCUGAGAUUCGUGGCGGCUUGGAUGGUCUAAUCAUUGCAAUGAAUAUCGCAUCGUGGCGCAGUCAGGCAUCGAGUAUGAAACUAUCACAACUCCUGCGGAUGUAUUACUCUACGAAUGGUGUGCUCAAUAGCGGCAUCAUGGCAUGCAAUCGGAAGAGUUAUUUCAAUAAUUUGGUGCAAAACGAUCAGACGAUGGUGGCGCAGACGAGCGCUUUUGCGCAAGUCUUGGAUCGCGAAAUGCAAUUGGGUGUCACAUUGUCGGCCACAAGUAUUGCUCAAUUCGCUCAGUCGGCAGCGAGUGCACUAGAAACCUAUGUUCCCAACAGUCUUAACGACGUCACCUGUUCUGUUAGUAGCAGCGCCAACGGCAUAUCCAAUGUAAUCACACCGAUGACCAAUAUAUAUGUCUUCUUGGAUACGACAUGGCAGUACAGUACUAUCGUUGAUUAUGUCAAUUACAUACUCCAGCGUAUCAAUGUGAAUCCCUAUGCCAGUUCUUUAACCUUAAUAGCUGCUAAUGAUGGUUCCAUCAUUGUGAAUACAACCAACAACAUAAACGAUCUUUAUCAAGGCUGGAAUGUGACCACACAAGCGCAAUACACGCAAGGUUUCAGUUUGCCUACUGUUUUACAAACUGUACAAAACCUGACGCAAACCUACAUGAAUGCCGAGAAAACAAACUCUACCGUUGGCGGUCGCUCUCUAAUCGCUUUGAUGAUACCCUAUAGCACGGCCCAAGUUAGCAGUAGCGACUCGACCUAUUCCACAACACAAUUGCAAUUUAUUUACGAACAAAUACCUGACCUCCACUUCAUUUACUACACCAGUGGCCAAAUUAACCGCUUUGCUACCUUCGUACGUAAUCCCAGUCAAGAUUUGUUUACGCUGAAUUCGGGUAGCACUGCAGCCUCCUCUUCUGCACCAGUCGUCUCACGCAUCAUCCAAAUUCCGCGUACUCUCAUCAAUCCACGUUGUGGCUCCAACUGGUACACACCCUCUUGGGGCACUGAUCAGUUGGCCCAGUAUCUUUAUCCGAAUGGCACAAACUUCUAUCGCAUGGUACCUAACUAUUUCUAUGGCACAGGCAGUGGUCGCACCGUUUCCAUACAAUCGACCAGUGGCACGCAGUUCAUCAUCUGUACCUCGCGCUACGUGACGCUGCCAACCCAGAAUAACGCCACCAACUACAACGGCGCUUCGUCAGACAUUACUUGCACCACUAUUGGCAGUGGUUUCACCUAUGACUUGUCCAGUGCUUGCAACGGCUACAGUUACAUCAGUCAAUGUCCACCGUUCUACUUGUCGGUACAGGCGCCUACAACAAUGUCUUCCGUAUCGUGCACUGAUAAUGCUUGCCAAGCACCAAAUCAAGCGCGUUAUGUCAUCUCGGUGACGAAUAUGGGCUGUUACAGCGGCGUUGCAGGUCUUUUCGCCAGUUUCGUCACCAUUGUAUUGGCGUACUUCUUACGCGAAGUUUUGCAGUAGAAAACAGCGCUUUAGUUUUAUAGUUUUUCCAAACACAUGUAUAUACAUAUAUACACACAAAUUUUGGGUUGCCAGUGUCAUCAAUGUGCUUAGUGCAGUAAAAAAUAACAAGAAAAUCAGCGUUUAGUCAGCGCCAGCAUACAAAACAUUAUCCUCCAUAGAACACAGAUAUCAUAAAAACUUUUGUACAUCUACAUAAAUAAAUAAUAAUUUUUAUAGACGGCUAAGUUCAUCAAUUUGUAUUUCUAUCAUACAUGUUAAUUAUUGUAUUAAUAUUUAAAAUUUAUAUUGUUGGUUACAUUUCUUUAUAAUUUAUUGUAUACUACAGUUAUAGUGUCUAUACGAAUGCCAAAUAAAAUGUGAGCCAACAAAACACUCA